AUGUCUUUACGCUCGCAGCACGGAUCAUGGGAAACGGCUCUUUACCUUUCGCCGUUACCAACGAUUCCGUCCCAGCCUUCCCUCGGGUGCUCGAUUACCCUGCCGCUGCUACUGUCCAACCUGUUCAACAGUCUUGAUGAUGAAGGACUAGAUGGGUACCACGUGGAUGGCGCUGAAAUCGAAGAGGACUUGGAGGACAAAAGCAAAGAUGAUAAAGGCAGUCAGGAAUAUGAAGAUCAUGAAGGUGGACAUGAAGAUGAAGAUGUUUCGCAGAAUGGAAACGGCCAAUUGGAACAUGGAGUUUCUGAUGUAGAAGGAGAAAGUGUGGAGGAUGAAUGUCAUGUAUUUGGACGAUCAGAAUCAACUGACGGGAUCGAGGACGAGAACACGAAUCAAGCUGAAGUUUUCAUCUCCUCUCCUGCCUCUGGCGGGUAUUUUGUCUCUCAUGCUGUUCAAGGGAGCAACGAUGAUGUUUCAUUAAUUACACACAAUAUCAUAUUCAUCACUGCAAAAGCCGAAGACAAAGACUUUGCUGACAUUGUUCGUAGUACGAUACUGGAUAAGGUAGAGGAAAGUUAUCCCGACCUUAAGUCACCGGACACGGCUUAA